AUGCUGCUGCUGCCGCUGAUGCUGUUGCUGCUGUGGGUAGGUGAGCAGGGCAGGGGCUCGACUGAUACUCAUCUCGCCGCAGGGUCCCUGGCUCAGGAUCCGAAAUACCGGCUGGAGGUGCAGCCGUCCGUGUCGGUGCAGGAGGGCCUGUGUGUCCAUGUGUCCUGCUCCGUCUCCUAUCCCCAGGAAGACUGGGGGGACUCUGACCCAGCUCACGGCUACUGGUUCUGGGAAAGGGCAGAUUCCCCUGAAGAUCCACCAGUGGCCACAAACAACCUAGAACGUGCGGUGGCCAGUGAGACCCGGGGCCGAUUCCUCCUUGUUGGAGACCCCCGGGCCUACAAUUGCUCCCUGGACAUCAGAGACGCCCAGAGGAGGGACACGGGGACAUACAUCUUUAGGUUGGAGAGAGGGCCUACUGUGAGAUAUAGUUAUGCAUUGAAUCUGCUCUCCGUUCAUGUGAAGGCUCUGACAGCCACACCUGACAUCCACGUCCAGGGGACCCUAGCAUCCGGCCGCCCCACCAACUUCACCUGUGCGGUGCCAUGGGCCUGUGACAGGGGGACGCCCCCCACCUUCUCCUGGACUGGGGUCGCCCUCACCUCCCUGCACCCCGAGAGUCCCCUCUCCUUAGUGCUCACCCUCACCCCGAGGCCCCAGGACCACGGCACCAACCUCACGUGUCAUGUGAACUUUUCCGGAGCCGAUGCACCCCAGGAGCUGACCAUCAGAGUGUACCAGAAAGAAGGCGCAGGACCCGAAACUCUGGACAAAAGCCAGUCUCUUUCAGUCCAGGAGGGCCAGUUCCUGCGCCUGGACUGUGUUCCUGACAGCAACCCUCCUGCUAUGAUCAGCUGGACCCGAGGGAGCCUGACCCUGAGCCCCUCAAAUUCCUCGAACCCUGGGGUCCUCGAGCUGCCCCGGGUGGAACUGAGGGACCAUGGGUUAUAUGUCUGCCGAGCUCAGCAUCCACUGGGCUCCAAGGAAGCGUCUCUGAGCUUCGUUGUGAGAAGGAGUCCAGGACCCAGGACCGGCGUGGUUUGGGGGGCCGUCGGGGGAGCUGGUGUCACAAGCCUGCUUGCUCUCUGUCUCAUCUUUCCGUUGGAGAGAGCGAAGAUCUACAGGAAGAAGUCGGCGGCGAGAGCGCCGAGCCAAGAUGGCGACCGCCCAGCGUCGAGUCCCGCGUCCCGGGGUCACUUCAGUAAAUCCUGGUCAGACAGCCCCUUGGACCACCAGACCCCAUUUCUGGCUGCUUCCACCUCAGAGAAGGAACAAGAGCUCCAUUAUGCAAGCCUCAGUUUCCACAGACCAGGGACCCACAACUUUCAGGUCCAGGACACCACCGAGUACUCAGAGAUCAAGAUUGGGAAGUGA